GAUCUGGACCUGAACGCCACCUUUAUAACCGCCACUGAAAGUGAACUAUAGGAAGAACUAUAGGAUGUUAGUGAAAAAUUCUGCAGUUCUAUUUGCUUGGAGGAAAAGAAAUCCAAACCAAAAUAAAAGGUAGCAAAUCAAUAAUCUUAACGAACAAAAGCACCAUAACCUCGGGUUCUCACUGUAUCAGUACCUCUCUUUCUCUUUCUCCCCAUUUCCGGCUUUCGUAUGGUUGGUUUGUGCUUUAUUUCUCUCUAUGGAUUCCAAUGUUUUUAGUCGAUGUUUGUUCAAGAUAGUUAUUGUCAGUCUAUCACGUGAUCAAGAUGUUCCUCACUAGGACUGAGUAUGACAGAGGAGUCAAUACCUUCUCACCUGAAGGCCGAUUGUUUCAGGUUGAGUAUGCUAUUGAGGCUAUCAAGCUCGGUUCUACAGCAAUUGGGAUAAAGACCAAGGAUGGUGUUGUGCUUGCUGUCGAAAAACGUAUCACAUCUCCAUUGUUGGAGCCUAGUAGUGUUGAGAAAAUCAUGGAAAUUGAUGAGCAUAUAGGCUGUGCAAUGAGUGGAUUGAUUGCCGAUGCCCGCACACUAGUUGAGCAUGCACGAAUGGAGACUCAGAAUCAUAGGUUCUCUUAUGGUGAACCAAUGACUGUUGAGUCAACUACUCAAGCUCUAUGUGAUCUAGCACUUCGUUUUGGAGAAGGAGAUGAAGAGUCAAUGUCUCGCCCUUUUGGUGUAUCUCUUCUCAUCGCAGGUCAUGAUGAAAAUGGCCCGAGCCUAUAUUACACAGAUCCAUCUGGUACGUUUUGGCAGUGCAGUGCAAAGGCAAUUGGUUCUGGUUCUGAAGGUGCAGAUAGCUCCUUGCAGGAGCAAUACAGAAAGGACUUAAGUUUCCAAGAAGCUGAGACCAUGGCACUAUCCAUAUUAAAACAGGUUAUGGAAGAAAAGGUAACUCCAAACAACGUUGACAUUGCAAAGGUUUCCCCAACAUACCACUUGUAUUCUCCAGCCGAAGUAGAGGCUGUCAUUAGUCGCUUGUAAGCACGCUGUUAAAACUGUAGUGGCUCCUCAAAUUAAUGUCUGCCGCUUUGCUACUCUCUCUCUGCAAGCAACUUCUUCAGUUUGUUUUUGAAUAUACUCCACUUUGUGUUCCUUUCCAAUUUCAAUAUAAACUACAUAUGGCAUUUAUUUAUUAGUGAUACUUUACUUUUCAAAAUUUUGAAGUAUUCGUGUAACUAUUGGUUUUUGAAUAUACUCUUGAAAUAUAAAUAAAGAAGUAUUAAUUUACAAAA